AUGUGUACGCAGCCAGACAAGGAGGAGAGUCAUGUUUUGAUUAUUUUCGAUUGGGAUUUCAAUUUUCCUCUAAAAAAUUUAAUAUUUGUUUUUAAUAAUUAAAUUGAGGCAUAAUAAUGUCCUCGAUUGCUUUACCAAACGUGGAAUCGGAUAGUUUCAAUCAUGAAAAUGAAGGAUCAUCUAAAAGGACGAUCCCUGGUGAGUGCGACAGGCAGCUUCAAAAUGAGCGUGAAAAUUCCGAAAAUUUAGGCCGUGAUCCAGUUCCGAUCGAAGCGAACGAAAACUCCGAUGCAAAGUGCGGUUCGGCUGAACAAACGAAUAUCGGUGAUGGCACGACAACGAAGAACGCUUCUUCCGGUCGUAAAAGAGGCCGCCCUCCGAAAAAACCGGACAAACCUCCCCCGCAAGAGCAAAAGAAAAAGGGUCGCCCAAAGAACGAAGCAAACUGCAACUUGUCGUGCGACAUUUGUGGAAAGGACUCCAACACUUUACGGGACCUAGAAUUGCAUCAGAAAAUUCACUUCGGUAUCAAGGAUUUCGAGUGCGAGUACUGCCAUGUGCGUUUCGCACAGAAGGGUACUCUCAAAGUGCACCUCAGGACGCACACCGGAGAAAAACCGUUCAAGUGCAGUUACUGUCCGGAAGCAUUCGCCCAAAAGGUCUCGCUGGACAAUCACGUGUUCAAACAUACCGGAAAGGGGGUUAAGUGCCCUCUUUGUCCAUCGAUCCAUGCAACACCCAGUAGCGUCAAGCAACACAUGAAGCAGGUGCAUUCGGAAGAACGACCAAACGUGUGCCAGAUUUGCGGAAGAAGCUAUAAGAAAAAGAGAGAUCUGAUGAAGCACAUCGAGGGCCACGAUAAUCGUAUCUGUUCGGUUUGCGGGAAGGUGUUCGACACGAUGUAUGCCCUGAAGACCCACAUGCACAUCCACGCUGGCAAUAGGUGCUCCUUUUGCAAUCGGUCGUUUAAGUCGGAAGAAGAGCUGCAAGCUCACGCCAAAUUGCGAGGAAGGGCUCAUCAGUGCGAGUUGUGCUGUUACAGCUUCAAUAAGGCGGAAUUCCUGAGCAAUCAUCACCGGAGAAACCACUGGAAAGUGAUGGGACUGGAGCAGUUGGUGUGGAACUUCCCUCCUCGACCGAAGAAACCCAAACCACCGAAAAAAGCUAAGGCUCCCAGAUUCUCGGUUGGACUGGUGGAUGAGAAUCUAGUUGAUUUCGUUGUAUCAAAUUCUGUGCCGUUAGAACAAGCUGUUACGAAGAAACCCACUGUGAAACCAGAAUCAUCGGCAAAUGUGAAAAAAGAAUCUAUUCCGGCGAAAGCAGAACUCCCGAAAACAGAAAGCCUCAAACACCAAGAUCAACAAUCAGACGACGAUUGUGACUUCCCCGGAGAUGUAGCUCCGCUUGACGACGAUUCCGAUUCCGAGCUGAAAUACCCUGGAAAUUUAGAGGAAAAUGUUAUCGAGAAACCGACAGAGUCUGAGGACGACGUAAAAAUCGACGUUAAAGUUGAGGAUGAACCUUCUCUUCCGCUGCCGGUGGAAGUGUUUGUCAAAUUGGAAGAAGGAGAUGGCGAGACGUUGAACCUGGGCGGCAGUCAACUGGAGAAUGAGCUCAGUGAGUUGGACGUUAAGAAAGAAAGUUCGUCUGACAGUGAGGAUGACGAUGUUCCCCUGGCGGCCCUAAAGUUGAAAACUCGCCUUGAGAAGAAGUUACAUCCAAAUAACGAAGACGACCAAAUAAUAAAACCAACCAAUGACUCACAUAAAUUUAAAUCGAAGGAUCAUUUAGCGUCCAGAAGCAUCAAAAAAGUUCACGAUGAAGUCACGAAUUUGGAAUGCAAAUUUUGUCAUAAGCAAUUCUCAGGUAAAAGAGUACUCAGAGAACACGUACGAACGCACACCGGUGAUAAACCCUACAAAUGCCAACACUGUUCGAAGAGUUUCCGAUUCAACUGCUUGUUGAACAAGCACUUGCUCAAGCACACCAAACAGGGAAUCAAAUGUGAUCUGUGUCCAAGGGUGUUUGCAACUAAGACGAUCCUCAAACAGCACAAGGAGAACAUUCACGCCAUGGAGAAGAACUACAAGUGCCAGUUGUGUGAAAAACGUUUCAAAUUCAGUAGAAGCUUGAGAAUACAUCUGCACAGGCACGAAGAUAAAACCUGCAAGAGAUGUGGAGAAGUUUGCAACGGAUUGGCAGCACUGAUAGAGCAUAGAAAGACUGCUCAUCCACCAGUUAAAGAAAAACCUGGGCCCCUGAUCUGCGAACUGUGCGGCAAAACCAGCGCCUCGGCAUCCUCCCUAGCUGCCCAUCGUGCUCAGCACAAAGAGUAUCUGCGGUUCAAAUGCGACGAAUGUCCGAAGGCGUUCGUCUUCAAAGGAAUGCUGGAGACUCACAAACGUGUAGAACACCAUGGGGAGCGACAUAUUUGUCCCAACUGUGGCAAGCAAUUCAAGCAUUUGGCAUAUCUCAAACGCCACAGCUAUCAGCACAAGGAAGAUAAGGGCUUCAAGUGUGAAAAAUGCCCGUCAGCUUUCCGACAUCCUGGUGCUUUGCGAUAUCAUGUCCGAGCCAAGCACGGUGAAACGAUGUUUCCGUGCAGCCUUUGCAGUAAGGAAUACCGGACUGCUGAAGCGCUGAAAGUGCACCAGAAAAUUCAUAGCGACGAAAGACGCUUCCAUUGCGAGUUUUGUCCUCGCGAGUUCAUUCAAAGGGCUACGUUACUUAAGCACAUGACAAUCCACAGUGCGGAUCGACAGCAAAAGUGCGUUGUUUGUGAGCAGAUUUUCUAUAAAAAGGUCGAACUGGCCAUCCAUCAAGCUAAGGAACAUCCCAACCAUCCGUUGAUCGGUCGAACGGUCAAGCUUCACACUUGUGGCAUUUGCGGGAUGAACUUCACCAAGGAGAACCUCCUGAGGCAACAUACCGACAUCCAUGGAAGCGAGUACAAAUUCAAGUGCGAUAUGUGUGAGGAUAAAAAGUUCAAACAAAUGGCCGGUCUGAGGUAUCAUUGGCACCAUUUCCAUGGGAUAGAGCCCCCGAAAAGAAACCUGGGUAAGAAGACGGAGAAAAAGGCUGAGAAGGUGGAUCAAGGCGAAUCGAGAUCGGCGCCUUUUGAAAAUGAUUUGGAGUUUAUGAUAUAUUCCACCGCGUGUGGGUCAACGAGUUCAAAUACGCGAUGAGCAACUUGAAAAAUGAAGAUAAAUCAUGAAAAACACUGAAGAAGAGUAAUCGUCAAAUAAGCGUUACUCGUUUUCAUGAAGGUGUCCAAAUAGGCUAGGGGAAUUGGUUCACCUUGAAUGAACUUAUCGUCGAGAAAAAGUAGAUUUUGCAUGAAAAUUGACAAGUAGGGAGCCCGAUCCUAUUCUUGGCACUUUUGAUUCACUUCGGCAGUGGAGUUUGAGCUACAAAGCUCAUAUUUGGCCACAAUAUGCGUCUUACUAAAGCGCUUCUUAUUGCAAAGUUUCAGACAAUUCGUCCGAUAAAACUCCCCAUGCCAAAAUGAAUCAUGGAAGUGCCCAAGUAGCUCUGCACCCUAUUAUAAUGAAAAGUUCAUUUACUUCUCCUAGCCUAAGAAUGUCAACAAAGUUUUUCGUAGACAUGAAUUCAGUAUCUGGCAUGAUGUCUACAAACUGCAAAUGUCUAUCAUUUUUUUCAUACUACAAGCCAAGUCCCUGCAACGUUGGAUUUGAAAAUUACCUAUCUGCAUCAAAACAGUUCGCGAGCAAUUGCUACACUAUGACUAUAAUUAGGCAUGAAAACCUACAAGUUUGAGUAUCGAAAUUGAAACGUUGAAAUACCUAAAUGAUUUGCGUUUAAAGGCUAAAAAUUUGCUUGUGCAGAAGGUGAUUCUACUUGAUCGGAAUAAAAGCCAGCUUCCCUGGAAUGGGAUUGUUUAGCAUUGUCUCGAUUUCCUCUGAUAAUAGCAUUUAUAGCGUUACACUAGCGGAUGUGCCGAAUUCCAAAUCAAUUAGCUCUGAUGAACCGGCAUCCAAAGAAGCUUAAACACUUCAAAAGUUGAACAAUGAAUCGCAAUUUUUUGCAAGGAAGAAAUACACGACGGAACACGUUUCUAUGACUAUGGCAUAACUGUUAGUUGGAUCAAAAAAGUGGGAAAAAUGUUGAAACGUCUUUUGAUCAACUAAGGAUACCAUAUUUAGACAGAAACUCAUGAAUUCCUAGAUUUUGUGUGUCUUGGAAGUACAUUAAGAUGGUAACAAUUUCAGUAAUAAACAUACUUCAGUUAUUGUACAUGAA